AUGGAAAUUCUAGGUCCAUCAAGCAUCAGAGAAUUCAUUCAGAGGGUAUCUUCAGUCUUUCCUGGCAUUUCCUCCGAAUUCCUUCAAUCUCUUGGCGGGAGCUUUCGUCACGAUACAGAGGCUGCGAUCAACCAUUUGAUAGAUGAAGAAGAGCAUGGAAGGCCAUACCGAAGGUCGCAGAUGAAACAAGCCAACGGUAUGAAGCGAAAGCGCGACGAAAACGUUUAUCCUCUUGAGCUAGAGCCCCUUGCGGUCGGCGUUGCCGAACAAGGCCAUGAUGGACCUCGGAUUGUCCCAACCUCUCCAGAUGAGAGACUGGCUCUUUCUAAACUUCUACACCAAGAAUACCCUUGUGUACCGCACGAAGAAAUUGACAAACUCCUCCUCGAUCACCAAUACUGUCUGCGAUCGGCGUAUUUUGCCCUGGACACGCUUGUGUAUACAUGGUACACUCUUCCAGAGAAGCCCUUCGUGAUGGUGUCGGACCCGUCAAGUAUACAAAAACCGUUCUUGAACCCGCGAAACCACCAAGCGAUGAUAUCCGUUCUCCGAGCCGCGAAAGGCUUCAAGAAAAAGGUUCUCCAGGAGCUUUUCGUGUGUUGGAAGAUGAGGUAUGCAUUUCAUGAACAACGACAGGGCAAGCCAUCUAAGAAUAUGGCGAGAGACAAUACCGAGGUCGUUGUCGGUGAAGAUGUCAUAGAGUGCCAAUGCUGUUUUAUUGAGUGCCCCUUGCACCAGAUGGUACAUUGUGAAGGGGAAGUCACCCACUUUUUCUGCGUUCAAUGCAUACGCCAAUACGUGGGGACCUUGAUUGGUCUUUCGAAGCACGAGCUUGUCUGCAUUUCUAUGGACAAGUGCGAUGCUGGCUUCUCACAAGCGGAACGAAGUAAAUUUCUGGACGAUAAACUGACCAAAGCAUUGGACAAGAUUGAAGCUGCUGCCGUGCUUCUUUUGGCGAACUUGGAGGGGCUUGUGCACUGCCCCUUUUGCAACUACGCAGCACAGUGUCCACCCAUCGAGGAGGAUAGAGAAUUCCGAUGCGCGAAUUCUGAGUGCGAGAUUGUGAGCUGUCGGCUCUGCCAAAAAGAGACGCACACCCCACAGACUUGCGAUGAAUCCGCCAGAGAGAAAGGGUACUCUGCUCGGAGAGAAAUCGAAGAGGCCAUGUCUGCUGCACUGAUACGGAAGUGCAACAAGUGCAGAACACCUUUUGUCAAAGACAUCGGGUGUAACAAGAUGACCUGCCCAAAACAGGCAUGCCGAAAUGUCCAAUGCUAUAUCUGCUCCAAAAACUGCGAUUAUCGACACUUCAACGACCCAAACCGAGGAGGGAAGAAGGGGAACUGCCCGCUAUUUGACAAGAAUGUAGAGAGUCGGCAUGAGUCGGAAGUUAAGAACGCCGAGGACGCUGCAAGAGAAGCAGUAUCACUGAAACAACCGGAUGUUGACCCCAGUCUUCUCAAAUUCGACAUGUCAAGCCGCGUUUUCGAAGACGACAAACGUCGAAAACAAGGGACUCUACGCCCUCGGGGGCAUUAUCGGGGAGCUCGUAGAUUAGAAGCAGAGCCUCUCCGAGAAAUCGCACUGCCAGCCAUACCUCAUAAUUUGGCACAAUACCAGGAGCAAUUUCAUCAGAGAGAACUUGUCCGGCAGAGGCAGAGGCCACAACCUGCGGUAGCUCCCCCAGCUGUCCCGGGUAUUGCACCAUUCAAUCCAAUUGUGAUACCCGAUGACCCUGCGCCGGCAGGACGUGUGGCAAACUGGCUAGGGAGUAUCCCAUUUCCCGCCCCCCAGAGAGUUGGACCAAAUGGCCAAGUGGCAAGAAAACUGUUUGACAUUGCUGCUGACAUUGAUCCUCUGCCUGGAGGUGGAGGUGCGGAUAUUUAUGACCCUUUGAUUGGGCAAAAAGUCAAUGCUCCCGCUUCUGCAGAGCGUAUCCUUCGAGAAGUGCCGCAGCAUAAUCCACGAGUAAACGAAUAUCUUGAAGCACAGGCCCGGGUGAGGGCUUAG